GCCAGCAAAGCACUUUUGCCGCCGUGCGGGAAGCACAGGAACUUGAGACGCCCUGUCGCCGCGGUGCAUUCUGGGAAUAACCAGCAAAUCCAAGAUGGCGGCGAGCAGGAGGCUGCAUAAGGAACUUGAAGAAAUCCGCAAGUCUGGAAUGAAAAAUUUCCGUAACAUCCAAGUCGACGAGGCAAAUAUUUUGACCUGGCAAGGUCUUAUUGUCCCUGACAACCCCCCAUAUGACAAAGGAGCGUUCAGGAUUGAGAUCAUAUUUCCUGCUGAAUAUCCGUUCAAGCCCCCCAAGAUCACCUUCAAAACGAAGAUCUACCACCCCAACAUUGAUGAGAAGGGCCAGGUCUGCCUGCCGGUGAUCAGCGCAGAGAACUGGAAGCCAGCCACCAAAACCGACCAAGUAAUCCAGUCUCUCAUCGCCCUGGUGAAUGACCCCCAGCCCGAGCACCCCCUGAGGGCCGACCUAGCAGAGGAAUACUCAAAGGACCGUAAAAAAUUCUUUAAGAAUGCAGAAGAGUUUACAAAGAAACAUGGCGAAAAGCGGCCAGUGGACUGAUGAGACCCUCGUCUGCAUCCCUGCCCCUUUAGUCCCUCCCCUUCCUGUCUCUGCCCAUCUCUCUGACCCCACCCCUUUCCAGAACCAACCAACCACCCACCUACGCACUUGUCAUUCUAGCCAACCUGGAGCCCCGCCGCUCCGCCCACCUCCAUCUUGAAGCAGGACUUUGAACCAGACAAGUCUCACCUUUUGGGGUUAAGCUUGAGGCUGUUACUAACUUUCUACUGUUUUCCUUUGUUGAGAAAAAAAAAUGGUUAGAGGAGAAUCUGUAAAGAUGGGGGAACUUAAAGAAAUGAGGAAAUAAGGCAAUUUGCGUAACAGAUGUUGUUCCCAUUCAUUUGUUCAAUAAUAAUGGUAAUGGCUGCUUAGCUAGACUCCCUGCUGUUGCAGACAAUUUUCGCCUUUCAAGGAAAGAUGCAAUUCCAUAACGGGGAUGAGUAUUCCAUCUUUUUCAUCUUUGGUGUUAUCUCUUUUCUCAAACAAAUCAUCUUUGUAAAAAACAAAAACAAAACAAAAAAACAAGUAAACAGGAAGACACCUGAAACAGCAAGGUCCUGGGGGUGUGUGACAUAAUGUUUGUUUCUUAACACCUUUUUUUUUUCUUUGCACAAGUUGCACUGUAUUCUGUGGAAUUAGCUUUUUAGGUUUUCAUGAAUCCUUCUGUUUGUAACGCAUUGAAUAAUGGAGAGUUGCAGCUUGGCCACUGAUAUAUUGACUUAUGUUCCGAAAAGGGUAAAAGGAAAAAAAAAGACUAGGUCUGUGUGUGACUGAACAUAAUUAUAUAUUUUUAAAGAAUUACUGAAGUAUUUUUUCUAUAUAAUUCAAUGCUUUCUUGAAACCAGGUUUGAGGAAAUGUUACGUUAUUUUGGCCUCGUCUUUUGCUGUACUGAGGAACACCACAGGGCUUGUCACCAUCCAGAUAUCUAUCGCCUGUGACCGUCGGACACCCCCCCCCCCCCUCCAUGAAUGUGUGCUGAGUAUGAUGGGGCAUUAAGUAGUCAAACACUGCUCUGAAGGAAAAUCACACAUUAAUGGGCAAAUGAUGUAAAAAUGAGUCCCCGUUACUCCCUUCUGUAAAUUUCAGUGUGAUCCUGAAAAAUGAAAUAAAUGUACGACUAGUCCUACAUCUCUGUGUAUACG